AAAACACGAGUGGCCCCAUCACUUCUCUAGCUAUUAAAUUUCUAAUAAUCACAACAUUCAAAAAUCUACUACCUAAAAAGAACCCUAAAAUUAACCCUUUAUUUUUUUUUUACGGGAAAGCUUUUACUUAUAGCGGGAAAUGCUUAAUUGACUUUGAAUCUUAUUAAGAACCCUAAAAUUCAAAUUUCUGAAAACGUCAACUUUAGGAGAGAGAAAGAAGAAUUUGCAGAGACUUCAAUGGAGGAUAAGAAGAUAGAAGUUCUAGAACCCUACCAACUCCAUUACUCUGAUCUUCUCAAACUUUCAUCUUCAUCUUCAUCAUCGAUUGAAAUCGAACAGUUUGAAUCAGUCACGAGAGCAGUAAUGGAAGCCCUAGGGCCCACUGGUCCAGGUCUUCUCACCAUUACAGGAGUUCCAAAUGUUGCGGAACUCCGCAAUUACCUGCUCCCUCGCGCACGAGAUCUCUCCUUCCUUCAUCAUCGUCAUCGCAAUCGCAUUCUCAAGGAUCAUGGCUUAGGGAGCGAUGUUCCAUUGAAGAAUUUGGAUAGAUGUGUCUCAUCAUUUGCUAUGCAGCUGAAAUAUGGGCAUAAAUUGGAUAUGAGUAAGUUGAGCCAUGUAUGUUCUGAGGGCCUCCAGAAGCACAAUGUGGGUGAAGAAAAUAUUGAUGCUGAUGAGUAUGUCAAAUCAAUGAAUGAUCACUUCAAGGAUCUUGGUUGUAGCUUUAGGGAACUUGGGUUAUGUAUGAUGGACCUGGGACUUCGUGUAGCACGGAUUUGUGAUAAGGCAAUUGGUGGGAAGACAUUGGAGAAUAGCUUGGUAGAGUCAGGGACAGCAAAGGGUCGUCUCAUUCACUAUCACUCUUUUCUGGAUACUUGUAUAAUCAAAGAAUCUGGGAGAAGCCAGGGGUCUGUGAAAGGACAACAAAAAUCUGUACCAAAGAGCAUUCAUUUCAAGGAUGAAAAGAGGUUGUGUAGGAGUGAGGAAAUGCAUAGAGAUGGUGAUAGAAGGGCAUGCAAGAAACACUCUGAUCUUUGGCAACAGUGGCACUAUGACUAUGGUACCUUCACUGUUCUUACUAGUCCAAAGUUCAUCAAACUAAAACGCUGCCACACAGAAAAAGGGGACGAUGAUUGCAAGAAAUUCAGUGGGUUAGAAUUCUCGUCACCCAGUGGGAAUACUUAUAUGCAGAUAUUUCAUCCAAAAAAGAACAGUAUUUGUGCUAUAAAGGCUCCUCCUGAGAGUUUCAUUCUUCAGGUGGGGGAAUCAGCUGAUAUUUUGUCAAGACAUAAGCUCCAGGCAACUCUUCACUCAGUAUCACGGCCAGUAGAGCUAGAAAACUUGAGCAGGGAAACUUUUGUUGUUUUUUUGCAUCCUGCGUGGAAUAAGGUUUUUGAUAUUUCAGAUUAUCCAGUGGAGCAGCUAACAUUAAAUAAUCAGAAGGGGAAUCAUGGGGAGAGGCCUCAACCUCAAGGCGAAGGAGAGCUUGAGAAACUUACACAAGAGAUUCACAGAAUCAUCCCCCCACUCUCUGCACGGCUAAAGGAUGGGAUGACAUUUGCUGAAUUCUCCCGCGAAACAACCAAGCAAUACUAUGGUGGUAGUGGCUUACAAUCAAACAGAUGAGGGUCGCGAAGUAGUGAGAUUGCAUUUGACUGCCAUAUGCAUUGUAUUCUUGUUGUGGUUGCUCUACUUGCUCUGGUGUUGAGGAAGCAUCUGCAGAGGAAUUCUAUCUUAUUUGAGGAUUCUGCUAUCCAUGUAUAAGUUCAAUUGACAAAGUUCUUUACUGAAGAAUGUUGCAGUUUUACUGUACAUCUACUCUCUAGUCUCGACCAAACCACAUGAAGCUUCCUAGAAAGGUAGCUAUCUAAUUUCCUGUAGAUUGAUUUAGGGCUGUAAAUUUUUAACCUGCAGAAGGAUUAUUCUCUUUGAAGCAACAUUAAUGGCAUUUGUCUAUGUCAUAAUUUAUUCCCUUGUCCAUUCAUUCUGAUGAUUAUUGAAUGACCAAAUCAUCUUGCAUUUGUUGUUGUAAAGUGUUAUGGAACUUGAAAUUCUUGUUAAUUAUUGUGAAGAAGACGUUUGAACUUCUGUAAUGUAUGAAAUGAU